AAAACUACAUUUACCGCCAGCUUUUAUCCCAUGAGUCCUCACGGCGUGCGGAGCACGCGAAGAAGAGAGAGACGACUGGCGCAGCGCUGCUAACUAGUCAACCUAGCUAGCCAACCAGGGUCGCUCAUCAUGGCUGCCUCCAAGCCAGUCGAGCCGCAGUCCGGCACCGGCCUCCCCCGUUGGCAGGUGGCUCUGCUGGUCGGCGCCCCCAUCGUCCUGGGGGUGGGAGCCGUGUACCUGUGGAACCGCAGCAGGGCGCAGGGACGGCCGGGGAAAGGCAGCGGCGAGCGGAUAACGCCAGAAGGCAGCGCCAGUCCGGAGCAGGGCCAAGACAGCGCCUCGCGAGCCAACCGGGAGCAGGAAAACAUGAGUCCUUUGGAUCGGGCCCAAGCAGCAAAGAACAAAGGCAACAAAUACUUCAAGGCAGCCAAGUACGAGAGCGCCAUCCAAUGUUACACCGAGGCCAUUGCGCUCUGCCCCUCCGAACAGAAGAGUGACCUGUCGACGUUCUACCAGAACCGAGCGGCGGCCUAUGAGCAGCAGAUGAAAUGGACAGAGGUGGUGCAGGACUGCUCGCAGGCGGUGAAGCUCAACCCGCGCUACGUCAAGGCUCUUUUCAGGAGGGCCAAAGCGCUGGAGAAACUAGACAACAAGAAGGAGUGCUUGGAAGAUGUUACUGCUGUCUGCAUCCUGGAGGCCUUCCAGAACCAGCAGAGUAUGCUGCUGGCAGACAAAGUGCUCAAGCAGCUUGGAAAGGAGAAGGCCAAAAACAAAUACAAGAGCCGUGAGCCGAUGAUGCCUUCACCCCAGUUCAUCAAGUCCUACUUCGGCUCUUUCACCGACGACAUCAUCUCACAGCCGCUGCAGAAGGGCGAGAAGAAAGACGAGGACAAGGACAAGGAGGGCGAACCCUCUGAGGUCACAGCGAGCUCGGGCUACCUGAAGGCCAAGCACUACAUGGAGGAGGAGAACUACGACAAGAUCAUCAGCGAGUGCACCAAGGAGGUGGACUCGGAGGGCCGCUACACCGCCGAGGCGCUGCUGCUCCGCGCCACCUUCUACCUGCUGAUCGGCAACGCCAGCGCCGCUCAGCCCGACUUGGACCGCGUCAUCAACAUGCUGGAGGCCAACGUCAAGCUGCGAGCGAACGCCCUCAUCAAACGCGGGAGCAUGUACAUGCAGCAGCAGCAACCCAUGCUCUCCACGCAGGACUUCAACAUGGCGGCGGAGAUUGACACCCGCAAUCCUGACGUAUACCACCACCGGGGGCAGCUGAAGAUCCUGCUAGACCAGGUGGAUGAGGCCGUGGGAGACUUUGACGAGUGCAUCCUGCUCAGGCCCGACUCUGCUCUCGCCCAGGCGCAGAAAUGCUUCGCUCUCUACAGGCAAGCGUACACUGGCAACAACCCAUCACAAGUCCAGAUCGCCAUGGAUGGCUUCGAGGACGUGAUCGGAAGGUUCCCCAAGUGUGCUGAGGGCUACGCGCUAUACGCUCAGGCUUUGACCGAUCAGCAGCAGUUCGGAAAGGCCGACAAGAUGUACGACAAGUGUAUCGAACUGGAACCGGACAACGCCACUACAUAUGUCCACAAGGGUUUAUUACAGCUCCAGUGGAAGCAAGACCUGGACCUGGGUCUGGACCUGAUCAGCAAGGCCAUCGAGAUUGACAACAAAUGCGACUUUGCCUACGAGACAAUGGGAACAAUCGAAGUUCAAAGGGGCAAUCUGGACAAAGCGAUAGAGAUGUUCAACAAGGCCAUCAACCUAGCCAAGUCGGAGAUGGAGAUGGCGCACUUGUACUCGCUGUGCGACGCGGCGUAUGCCCAAACGGAGGUCGCCAGGAAGUACGGCCUCAAGCCCCCGACCCUCUAACUCCUGGGGUGGUCUUUCUCAAACUGUUCAUUUUUUAUUUUAUUUUUUUUUUAACGAGUGGGUUGGGUGGGAAAGUGCUGGAUUAUAAUAUAAAAAAAUAUAUAAUUAUAAUAAGGAUGAGCCUUCCUGCAGAUCUAAACGGCAUCAUGUUUAUGUUGUAUUCGAAAAAGGGUUUGGAAUCCUCCGAUUUCCUUUCACAGUGUCGCAGGAAUGGUCGUGCACACGCGUCCCAAUGACAGUUGCGAUAAUUUUCAGUGGACUCGUGACCGGUUUUUGGAGUUGACAGACAAUACUGUGAGAAUUAGUUCAACUACCAAGUGUUUUGUUUUAUUAUAUUGAAACCAUAUAGCCAAGUAUGUAGUACGUGUUUGUAAUACUGGGUUGAAUUCACGGAUGAAGGGCCUGUAUGUCAACAUUGGAGAUUUAUUUGGAAGCAAGAUUUUUUUUUUUUUUUUUUUAGCAUUGAAUUGCCUGUUUUCUCUUUUUCUACAUUUUGUGCAGCAUGUUGACUUUUUCAUGUAAAUGUUAUGCCUGCGCUGUUGGAUCGCUACAGGAGAACUCUUGCUAUCAGGCUGUCCCGAAUGCCUCCUUUUUGUAGCACUUAGAUUGCUAACAAUUUCAGUUGUCCAAUUUUUUUUUAACAUGAAAAUUCUGUUUUAUUUUCUUUUUUUUGCUUAUGGGCGGUCCUUCUUUUAAACAUGUGACCUGAGCCUUUUUUUCAUUGUUUCUCAAUUGACAGGCACAAACCUCGUAGGAAUUGUCAACUUAUUGUAACACCCACUUUUGAUUUUGACUGACAGUUUACACUGACAUUCUUCGUCUAACUAUGGUGACCAAAGUGAAAAUAGAACCUGAAUCAUAAUAAAGAUAAUAAUACUGGAAAGAC